ACGUGGUAGACCACUGGCUCCAGCCUGUUGCUGAUGCUGCAACCUGGUGUUAGUCAUGGAGCUGGGGCUGCGGUUCCGUCUCGUGUCGGUGCUACUGCUGCUGCUUUUGGGCCUCAGUACAGGAGCCGUUUUCGACCUACCUGCGGAUGAAGGCAAAGAAGUAUGGGAUUACGUGACUGUCCGGAAGGAUGCCCACAUGUUCUGGUGGCUCUAUUAUGCCACCAGCCCCUGCAAGAACUUCUCAGAACUGCCCCUGGUCAUGUGGCUUCAGGGUGGUCCCGGUGGAUCCAGCACUGGAUUUGGAAACUUUGAGGAAAUUGGGCCGCUUGACAGUUCUCUCAAACCACGAAAAACUACCUGGCUGCAGUCUGCCAGUCUCCUGUUUGUGGACAACCCCGUGGGCACUGGGUUCAGUUACGUGAAGAAGGACGGCACGUUUGCCAAAGACCUUACGACCGUGGCAUCAGACAUGAUGGUUCUCCUGGAGUCCUUCUUCAACUGCCGCCAAGAGUUCCAGACGAUUCCAUUCUACAUUUUCUCCGAGUCCUACGGGGGAAAAAUGGCUGCCAGUAUUGCUCUAGAACUUCAUAAGGCCGUCCAGGAAGGGACCAUCAAGUGCAACUUUUCUGGGGUUGCUUUGGGUGACUCCUGGAUCUCCCCUGUUGAUUCGGUGCUCUCUUGGGGACCUUACCUGUACAGCAUGUCUCUUCUGGAUGACCAAGGUCUGGCAGAGGUGUCUCAGGUUGCAGAGCAGGUCCUGGAUGCCUUAAAUAAGGGACUCUACAAAGAGGCCACCGAGCUGUGGGGACAAGCAGAAAUGGUAGUCGAACAGAACACAGAUGGGGUGAACUUCUAUAACAUCUUAACCAAAAGUGCUCCCAUGUCUGCAGCGAAGUCAAGCCUAGAAUUCACCCAGAGCCACCUAGUUCAUCUCUACCAGCGCCACGUGAGACACCUGAACCCUGAUGACUUGAGUCAGCUCAUGAACGGCCCCAUCAGAGCGAAGCUCAAAAUUAUUCCUGAGGACUGCUCCUGGGGAGGCCAGGCUAACAGCGUCUUCCUGAACAUGGAGGGGGACUUCAUGAAGCCCGUCAUCAGCAUCGUGGACGAGUUGCUGGAAGCCGGGGUCAACGUGACCGUGUAUAACGGACAGCUGGAUCUCAUCGUGGACACCAUGGGUCAGGAGGCCUGGGUGCGGAAGCUCAAGUGGGCAGACCUGCCCAAAUUCAGUCAGCUGAAGUGGCAGCCCCUGUACAGAGACCCUCUGUCUUCUGAAACGGCGGCUUUUGUCAAGAGCUACAAGAACCUGGCUUUCUACUGGAUUCUCAAAGCUGGACACAUGGUUCCUUCCGACCAAGGGGACAUAGCUCUGAAGAUGAUGAAGCUGGUGACUGGGCAAGAAUAGGAUGCCCUGGGCCGGAGGGAGCAGCUCGGCCUUGGGGCUCGGAAGCUGAGGCGAGCACACUGAAGCUGCAGGAAGCCCCUUCUCCCCGCAGAUCUAACUCAGGCCGUCCCUGUGAGGGUCCCUGCCAGCUUCCGCCGAGAACAGACUCACUGCCUGUGUGGCAACUUCAAAAUCACUUCUGCUUCUGAAAAAGCCUGGAACUUUUAAAAAUGGAUUUGUUUUCAUCAAAAUGAAGGUGUUGAAUUACAGUACAUUUUUCUUGCUAUAAAAGCCUACGUGAUUUAUAUUAAAAGGUGGGGGUGGGAUGUGGGCAAACAACCAAAUAAACACCUCUCUACUCCCUUCCCUGGGAUACGCACUUGCUACCACUCCAGUGUAUAUCCUUGGCAGUAUUUUUUUUGCUAUAAAUACAUUUUUUACAGAAAUCGAAUCAUCAUUUUACUGCCUCCUUCACACAUCACAAUGUCGUCAUCACCUUUUCAUGUCAAUAAAUGUUCUUUUAUAACAUU